AUGAAAGUUGCUAUCCCUUUGCUGCUGUUUGUGACGCUGUUUGUGGCGGGCACUCUGUCUCAGGUGGACCCGAACGAUGAAGAAGGCGAUGUGUUGUCCUGUAUCGACCCAAAUGAAGAACCACUCGAAUGCGGUCCAGCCUGUGGCGAUCGAACCUGCAGCAAUCAGCGCAGGAACAACGUACUCUGCUCGAGACAAUGCAUUGCGGGAUGCUUCUGCAGGGGAGGUUAUGUGCGAAACUCCCGAAACAUUUGUAUCCCAUCGUUUAUGUGUUUUACCGGCUAA